AUGAAGGCACAGAUACUGCUUGCAGCUCUUGCUGUAGUCGCAAAUGCUCGUGUGAUUGAGGAACGGCAACGAGGCAGGACCACUAGUCGCCCGGUACCUGGAGGAAGUCCGCCUGACGUAUCACAAUGCGGUUUGGACGCAUUCGUUGGACACACCUCAGAGGCGCUGUUGUUCUGUAGCAGCCUCUUGCGAUCGGGGACUGCUACCCAGAUCGCUACCCUUACAACUGGCGCUACAACCACAAUUCAGACUACCGUCUACACCACUCUUUAUCCGCCGUCAUCUACUCCGAAGCCUCCGUCAUCGACUCCAAAGCCCCCGUCGUCCACACCCAAGCCAUCAUCGACGCCAAAGCCAUCCUCCACUCCCGUUACACCUUCCGCUAGCCCCUCACCGACUCCUUCGGCUGGAUGCGGAAUCGUUGGUUAUACUAAGAGCACUGCCGCGUACUACUUCGAUUCAUCCGGCACCAAGAAUACAUGGGCGACCUGCAGCGCUGCUUGCAAGGCCGACUCCAAGUGCAAGAGCUUUGGAUAUGGAGAAGCCAAUUGCAUGCUCUUUGAUGUUCUUGCGGCGGACAACACCAACUACAAUCCAAUGUCGCCCUACACUUUCUACGACGCGAGCUGCCCGGUGGAACUACCGGUCAGGAAACGCCAGAUCAACAUCUCGCUUGGCCUUGGAGGCCCUGGACCGCUCUCUUCGGCAUGUUCGUGCUUGAUCACGUCGGGUCCGGCUGGCUCGACGAGGACGAUUUCCACCACCAUCACAAAUAAGGUUACUACCACGCAAACCGUGACCAAAACUUUGAGUUUGCUGCCGGGUCUGCAAUGA